ACUUGCAUCUUAUAACAUUCAAUUUUCUCUUAUCCAGACCAAAAUCUGGAAAGUAAAUAAAAUUUCUGUUAUAAAAUUCGAUGAAGGACAUCGUAUAUUUGCGUGUUCGAUCUGUUGCCAAUAAAUUAUGUUUUUUCUAAAAUAUAUAAAUGAUAGAGAUAACCGGUUUUUUUUCCACAGAUGAAGUUUAUUUCGACACUGGUUGACACCGCUAAUUCUUGAGAUCAAAGUAUCGAAACAGCUUUUUCGAAGAUUUUUGGGGUUUCAUGAGAAUUUUUGAAACCGAAAAGCAAAAAAUGUCUUUUUUCCUAUAUGACAUCGCCAGCCUCACGCUACAGGUGGCUGCGUGGAUCUUCUCGUUCUUCGAAUGUUUCUUUCACAAUUUCGUUAUAUUUUUUCUGGAUUUAGCAGGAAAACCAUGUCAACUGAUUCUCUUAUUGGUCUUAUUAAUAAUUAUUUACUAUUCUUUAGUUAACUACGAUAAAACUAUGGAUAUGACAGAGACAGGCUACGAUUAUUUACGUCCUAGAGCGAAAAAACUACGUCAGAACUUAUCGUUGUUGGUACGAGAAGUUAACGAGUCAAGAGAUCCCGGUGAACUCCCACCUGUAUAUCCGAAUGGAUGGAUACCUUUAAUGGAAUCUAGAAAUCUUGCAAUCGGCCAAUCUGCACCCGUAACUGCCUUAGGUCAUCAGUUUGCAAUAUUUCGUGGUAAAACUGGUCAGAGCUUCGUUUUGGAUGCCUUCUGUCCUCAUUUAGGAGCUCAUUUAGGGGUGAAAAGCAAAGUAUACGGUGAUUGCGUGCAAUGCCCCUUUCACGGUUGGUUAUUUUCUGGUAAAGAUGGCUCCUGUCAGAAAAUACCUUAUACUGAUAAAGUUCCGGAAUUUGCUAAAGUUAAAACCUGGACUUCAAUUGAACAGAAUGGUUUUAUAUACGUUUGGCAUCACGCCGAAGGUCACUCACCAUCAUGGAAACCUCCCAUUAUUCCAGAGAUCGAGCAAGGAUUGUGGAGUUAUAAAGGUCGUACGCAAUAUACAGCGAAUUGUCACAUACAAGAAUUACCGGAAAAUGGAGCCGAUAUAAUGCAUUUAGAUAGCAUACAUCAAGCUAGUAUUUUUUCUGGUAGUAAUUUUCAUCCAGAUAACUGGUGGAAUUUUUGUAAACAUAUCUGGUCGUCUUCUUGGAAGGAAGAUUCCGAACCAAAUCAACAUAUGACAACCAUGAAAAUCACUAAUUAUAUAAAAAUUUUUGGAAUCUCUUUACCUUGGUUUUCUGCCUCACUGGAUAUAAAACAGAUUGGUCCAGCAAUAGUACAUAUGUAUAUCAAGAGCAUAUUCGGAAGAGGAAUAUUCAUCCAGAGCAUCACUCCCGAACGUCCUUUACAACAAAAGAUCGUCCACCAUUAUUACGGACCAAGAUUUUCACAGAUAUCUGCCAGCAUUUUACUAUUAUUGGAAGCCAAAAUGGUUGAGCGAGACAUUCUCGUGUGGAAUAACAAAAAGUUCUUAAAGGCGCCGCUUUUAGUUAAAGAAGAUCGGUUUAUUUUAAGGUUUAGGAGAUGGUAUUCACAAUUUUAUAGCGAAAAUAGUCCAGGAGUAACUAAGAAGACCUUAACUUGGUGAAAUACAACCAACUUGUUUCAAGAGAUUUCUGAAAGUAUUAAACUUACCGUAAAGCUCGAUAGCCGUUAAUGUGUACAUUAAGUAGGGUGAUCCGUUAAA